AUGUUUUUAGUGGGCAAGCAUGCCGAACUCGAGAAGAAGAUCAAAAUGUACAGGCUUGUUUUCCGCGCAUCCUCCAUCGUCUGUCUGAUUGCCGUUUUUGCUAUAUUCUCCCAGCUGCCAUUUCUAUACAAUUCGAUGCACGAGACCGGGAAAGUUUUGAAGUAUCAGGCGCAAGAGUGUUCGAAUUCCGCCGAGCGACUAUGGGAAGAUAUUCAUGGCUUCAAGCCGAGACGAAGCAACGGUGACGAUCUGCCGUCAUCUGUAUGUAAAGCGAACGCCAACGAAUCCUGCGCACCAAAAUUCCGUGACCUUGUUGCA